CUGUCCUCUGCAAUUAUUUAACAGAAGAAAGUGUUGCAGGCAACAAGUUUAAAUUAUUUUCCACUAAAAUUUAAUUUUUUCUAAAGCAGUAAAGUUUUUAUUUUAGUUUAAAAAGUUUUCUUUUUUAUAUUUUUUAUUAGUGAAAAAAACAAUUUAGCAGUGAGCAAUGUCGGCUUCACGUAUUUUCAGUGUUGUGGGCCAAUUGUCGAGAAGACAAUUAAUGCAAAAUAAGUGCAAUCGUGUUAUUGCCCAAAAUGUAAGACUGAUGUCGGCCGCUACUGCGGGCCAGAAAAAUUUACGGACCAAAGUAGUAGAUGGUGUUUUGGUAGUGACUUUGGAUUGUCCCGGUGUCAAGGUUAAUUCUUUGGGUGAGGCUGUUAGCCAGGAAUUCGAACAAGUCCUUAAGGAAUUGGAAACCAAUGCUCAAGUCAAUUCCGCUGUUUUGAUUUCUGCCAAACCUGGCUGUUUUAUAGCCGGUGCUGAUAUUGGCAUGUUGGAGAAGUGUGAAACAGCCGCUGAUGCCACCCGCGUGUCCAAAGAUGCUCAAUACAUGUUUGAACGCAUAGAGCGUAGCCGCAAACCCAUUGUGGCCGCCAUUAAUGGUGUCUGUUUGGGUGGUGGUUUGGAGUUGGCUUUGGCUUGCCACUAUCGUGUUGCCACCAAGGACAAAAAGACUAAAUUGGGUUUACCCGAAGUAAUGUUGGGUCUUUUGCCCGGCGGUGGUGGCACCGUGCGUCUACCCAAAUUGACCGGCCUACCCACUGCACUCGACAUGGAAUUGACUGGUAAGCAAUUGCCUGCCGAUCGUGCUAAACGCGCUGGUAUUGUUGAUUUAGUAGUAAGUCCUUUGGGCCCCGGUCUUGCUCCUGCCGACCAAAUGACCAUUGAGUAUUUGGAGAAGGUGGCCGUGCAAGUAGCCAACGAUAUUGUUAGCGGUAAGAUAAAGGUCAACCGCGAAAAAUCUGGCUUAGUCAACAAACUUACCGCCUUGGCCAUGGACACUGAUUUUGUUAAGAACAAAAUUUUCGACACUGCCCGCAAGCAAGUAAUGAAAAUGACCAAUGGUUUGUAUCCUGCCCCCUUGAAAAUUCUCGAUGUCAUACGCACUGGUGUAGAUAAGGGACCCGUAGCUGGUUAUGCUGCCGAAAGUGAAGGUUUUGGUUAUUUGUCUGCCACUCCCGAAUCCAAGGGUUUGAUUGCUUUGUUCCGUGGUCAAACUGAAUGCAAGAAAAAUCGUUUUGGCAAACCUCAACGUGAAGUGAAAACUUUGGGUGUCUUGGGUGCUGGUCUUAUGGGUGCCGGUAUUGUUCAAGUCACUGUCGAUAAGGGCAUCAAGACUGUCAUGAAAGAUGCCACCGAUGCUGGUCUAGCACGCGGUAUCGGACAAGUACAAAAGGGUCUUGAAACUGCUGUCAAACGUAAACGUAUUUCUGGCUUGGAACGUGAUCAAGUCCUUUCGAAUUUGGUUUCCACUUUGGAUUACAAUGAAUUCAAAACUGCCGAUAUGGUCAUAGAGGCUGUAUUCGAAGACAUUAAGAUUAAGCACCGUGUCAUCCAAGAACUCGAAGCUGUUGUACCUCCUCACUGUAUUAUUGCCACCAAUACUAGCGCUAUCCCCAUUACCAAAAUUGCUGCCGGUAGCUCUCGUCCUGAGAAUGUUGUUGGCAUGCACUACUUCUCGCCUGUAGAUAAAAUGCAAUUGUUAGAAAUCAUUACUCAUCCUGGCACUUCUAAGGAUACCAUUGCCUCUGCCGUAGCCAUGGGCUUGAAACAGGGCAAGGUUGUUAUUACUGUAGGAGAUGGUCCUGGUUUCUAUACCACUCGUAUUUUGGCCACUAUGUUGUCGGAAGCUAUACGUUUACUACAAGAAGGAGUUGACCCCAAAGAACUUGAUGCUCUCUCCAAGAAAUUCGGUUUCCCAGUAGGCGCCGCCACCUUGGCCGAUGAGGUAGGCAUUGAUGUAGGUUCUCACAUUGCUGUCGAUUUGUCCAAAUCCUUUGGUGAACGUUUCAGUGGCGGCAAUUUGGCCGUUAUGCAAGACAUGGUUAUGGCUGGUUUCUUGGGUCGCAAAUCCGGCAAAGGUAUCUUUAUGUACGACAGCCAAACCAAGGGCAGCCGUCCUGUCAAUAUGGAAGCACAAGAAAUUCUUAAACAAAAGUAUGCCUUAGUAUCCAAGGGUGCCAAUACACCCGAAGACAUGACCUUACGUAUGGUAUCACGUUUCGUCAACGAAGCUGUUUUGUGUUUGGAAGAGAAGAUUUUACACAAUCCCUUGGAAGGUGAUGUUGGUGCCGUAUUCGGUCUUGGUUUCCCACCAUUCUCCGGUGGUCCCUUCCGUUGGGUUGAUCACUUCACAGCUGCUAAAUUGGUCGACAAAAUGUACUCGUAUGCUGACCUUUAUGGAGCUCCCUUCAAGCCUGCCCAAACUUUAGUCGAUAUGGCUAAAGAUACCUCGAAGAAAUUCUAUCCUAAGAAUACUGGUGCCUCUGCCAGUUCUAAAUUGUAAAAUGUUAACUCUUAGUUACUAAGUUUAGAAGUCGCCGAAGUGUUUAACACUUAACUGAACCUUAAAGUAAUUUAUAUUCAUUUUUUUUUUUUUUUUAUUUCUAUUUUAUAUAUUUUGUAAACGAAAGAAAUUCGACAGUUUAACUGCAUUUAAAAAAACAAAGUCCUCUUAUGUCAUUUAAAACUCUAUUGCAAAUAGACUUAUUUAAGCAUAUUAUGAAAAUAUAAUCUGAAAUUUAUUUUUAAAAACAUU